AGAAAAGAUACGAUUCAUCAAAUAUUUCGUUGUUUUCGGGAAUGUGAACUAUAAACGUUAUUAAUGAGAAGCUUUCUCGACACUGUCAUCGAUCGAAAGUUCGUGGCACACGGGACGUGUUCGAUCAAUAUUUCUGUCGAUCAACUACGUUGUAAACAAUAACAGAAAUAAUGAAGAAGGUAAUGGUUGUCGCUGUCAAUCGCAUACGUUUCCAAGUUGACACUUUUUAUACAAAUUUUCUGAAUCCCCAAAAUAUCUGCACUUGAAAAUUACCAGGUUUUAAAGGUAGAAAUUUUUAAAAUUAAACAGCAGCUGAUGGGAGUUCUGACUUAUAAACUGCCUUGCGCAUCGACAUAAAUUUCCCCUGCUGACGCGUACAGUUUCCAUGUUAAUUACGUUUACCCUGUGCACACAUCUCUCGGAACUUUGAAUCGUUGGAUACAAAUCGUUCCUCCAGCGGCGCACGCGUAUUCAGGCGGUGACAUUCGGUGUGUCAGAGGAACGAAAGAAAAGAAGGUACAACGAAUAAACGUACGCGUGCGUGUGCGCGUGUACGUAGGUGCGCAAGAGAAGGGUGAGACCGAGGCAGUGGUUCGAGGGUGGUACGACUAACGCGUAAACGAUAAAGGGUGUAUCGGUCGAUCGAAGAUACGAACGGGGCCAGCGAUCGUUAAAGCUGUGUUGGUGAAAAAAUCGCGUGCAAAGGGUUGAGAAUAAAAAACCGGGUUAAGAAGAGAGGGUGUGUGGAUAUCGCUGGAUGUCCGGAAGCUAAGUACGUCGAGCAAGUAGACAGGGGUUGAGGGUGGUUCGGUAAGCAGGACGCCUACCUAACCGAGAAAACGAGGACGCCACCAGCGUGAAACGGCGCCGCCUACGCCUACGCGGCGCGAACACGCCGAACGCACCCGUAACCCACAGCUUUUAUGCAAAUCGAUAAUUCGAGUAGGACGCGGCGACAGUGUGCUACGACAUCCCCAGUACAAAUAACGUAGAUCGAGUCGGUGAGGAGAGUGACGCGAGAUCGGCGGUGACCCGUCGUCUUCCGUCGCUCCGGAACGCUUCGUACGCACGCGUUCGCUUGCAAAGACGACCUCGGGUGGUCGCAGCGGACUCGAGUCGCCUGAUUUUGCUCGUACUCGCGUUUCGGCGACCGGUGUCGUCUACGACCCACUGCCGAACGAUGUGCAACGUCGAGAAAGGGUCGGGAACGAUGAGGUACCGAUUGCGCGAUUCGCGACGCAAGCGAUGGCCGUUGCGUUUGGGUCUGUUCCUCGUGUACGUGUUGGUCCAGUACGUCACCUCGGAGAACGUGAACAAUACAGAAUUGUCCUCCACCUAUGCCCCGGAGGUCGAGGAAAACUUGACGUCGAAGAUCCCCGUGGAGUCCACCACGAUCGUCAUAGAGAAAACGACGCCGCCACCGCAAGAAACAACCACCGUGCUACCAAAAAAAUCGGACAUACGCGGACAAUCGCGAGAUGAAAGACGCAAAGAUACGGGAACGCAUCUGCCGAUUAACAACGUUGUGAGAACGACCACGGUGAGGUCGCGACACGAUACACUUUGCGUUUAUCUCUCUUUCUUUUGUGGAGACGGAGGUAAACUGGACCGUAGCGCCUACAAGAGAUAUUCGUUAUUCGAGAUUCUAGGUUCCGACGACAACCACGAUGAGAUACGACUCGUACUCGCGUUUCGGCGACCGGUGUCGUCUACGACCCACUGCCGAACGAUGUGCAACGUCGAGAAAGGGUCGGGAACGAUGAGGUACCGAUUGCGCGAUUCGCGACGCAAGCGAUGGCCGUUGCGUUUGGGUCUGUUCCUCGUGUACGUGUUGGUCCAGUACGUCACCUCGGAGAACGUGAACAAUACAGAAUUGUCCUCCACCUAUGCCCCGGAGGUCGAGGAAAACUUGACGUCGAAGAUCCCCGUGGAGUCCACCACGAUCGUCAUAGAGAAAACGACGCCGCCACCGCAAGAAACAACCACCGUGCUACCAAAAAAAUCGGACAUACGCGGACAAUCGCGAGAUGAAAGACGCAAAGAUACGGGAACGCAUCUGCCGAUUAACAACGUUGUGAGAACGACCACGGUUCCGACGACAACCACGAUGAGAUACGAACGCGCCACUUGGAGACCGCGGCGAGAAAACUGCUCUCCGCCGGCCAUCGAACAGUUUCCACGACCGCUGAUGGGGCCAAACGCUAGGAAACACGGCGGACUGAUCAUACACAUUCUCGUCGCUAUUUACACGUUCCUGGGCCUAGCGAUUGUCUGCGACGAUUACUUUGUUUCCAGCUUAGACAGAAUCUGCGAAGAACUACGACUGUCUCCGGAUGUCGCCGGCGCGACCUUCAUGGCGGCCGGCUCUUCGGCGCCUGAGUUGGCGACUGUGGUCAUAGGAGUGUUUUUCGCCAAGGACGACAUUGGAGUGAGCGGAGUUAUCGGUAGCGCAGUGUUCAACAUAAUGUUCGUCAUCUCCGUCUGCGGACUGUGUACCACGACCGUGUCCAAGCUGAACUGGUGGCCCCUCUGUCGAGACUGUUUCUUCUACGCCGUCUCCAUCCUCGUGAUGCUCGGUACAAUUUACAACGAAUCGAUAUCUUGGGCGGAGUCCCUGUUCAUGUUGAUCAUGUACGCCGUGUACUGCGUCGCGCUGUCCUUCAACGCGAGACUGGAACGUUGGGCAAAGUCUUACGACAUACCGUUCCUACCAAAGGACGACGAGCCUGCGGAAGAAAGCGCCCUCGUAAGCUACAGGUCGUUGCAGGAGGAUCGGCUGUCUUACACGGGUCCCAGCUCGCCGGUCACGGAUCAGUUCGACAAACUACCAGAAGGAACAGGACCAACCGGACCCACUUCGGAAACGGGCGAGCAACCGCCACCCCCGAAACAGCCGGAAUACUACAAAGCGAAGGAGCCGGACCCUAACGAGGCAUCGCCGUUGGAGAGGCCCGUCGACGCCACCCAGUGGACCCUGUUCACCUGGGGUUUGGUUUACCCGAUUCACUUCUUGUGUCGGGCCACCAUGCCCGACUGCCGGCAAGAGAAGUUCCGAAACUGGUAUCCCUUCACUUUUUGCGUAUCGAUGGUUUGGAUCAGUUUCUACAGUUACAUCAUGGUAUGGAUGAUCACGAUUAUAGGCAGCACCCUCGGUAUACCGGACACGGUGAUGGGUCUCACGUUCGUCGCGGCCGGAGUCAGCGUACCUGAUGCUCUCUCCUCGUUAGCGGUGAUCAAAGAAGGACUCGGGGAUAUGGCGGUGAGCAACGCUGUCGGAAGCAACGUGUUCGAUAUACUGGUUUGUCUUGGACUUCCUUGGUUCAUACAGACGGCUAUGAUACAGCCGGGUUCGCACGUCAACGUCACCAGUCGGGGUUUGACGUAUUCCACGGUGUCCCUGCUGUCGACUGUGGUGUUCUUGGUGCUGGCGACUCACUUGAACGGCUGGAAGCUGGACCGACGAUACGGAGUGGUACUGAUGCUCUGGUACCUGGUGUUUAUCGUGUUUGCCUCGCUGUACGAGCUAAACGUCUUCGGCCAAAUGAAUCCUCCGGUGUGCCCGAGCGCGUUUUAAACCGGCGCGACGUUGCGUCGCGUUUUUCUUCCAAUCCUUUUCUCUCUCUUUUCUCGGCUCUGCUCUCUCGCCCACUCGGUCCUUCUUCUCUUUUCUCUAUCUUUGAAAAUCCUGCCGUUGCUCGAGUCGGUACCGAGGAGAAACACAGAACGAGAAGCAACGGCUAAAGCGAGAAAGAAAGCGGUAGGGUUACUUCGCUUUGCCUUGGAAUUGAAGCGCGUCUUCGAAGCACGUUCUCUUUCUUGGUGUACGCGUCGACGUCGUCGUUCUGCCGUUCGCGGCGAAGAAGCGCGCGAUUCGCUCGAACUUGAAUCCCUCGGAACGAGCUACUCGCGGCGAGUCGAUCUCGUCGGUUGCGUCCGCGCGAUUGAACGUCUUCUUCCGAAAGUAAAGCCGCGGGAAUUUUGGAAUCGCUUAAACGGACAAUACAUUUAACAGUAUUAAGAGAAGCGAUCGAACGUUGAAAGUUCGUUAGGCGAUGUAGCGUGGAUGCAGAGAGGAUCGGUUUCUCGAUCGCGCGGUUCGAUCUCGUCGAACACGCGAUCGACGCGACUCUCGUUGACCAACGCGAUUAACCUAGAUCGUAGCCGUAGCCGUAAACGUUACGGGUAGCUGUGUUCGCCUAAAUCUAGUUUAAACGAGAUAUAUAUAUAUAUACACAUACAUAUACAUACAUAUACAUAUAUAUAUUAUACGCGCGUAUAGAAACUUUCUUCUUCCUUUCAUCGUUUUAUACUUUUUUAUACUUUUUGCUCGUUCGACUCUUCCCGUUGUUCUCUGUGUCGUGUCGUAUCGGGGACUUUUCCAGUUAUCAACGUCUCGUUCGGGUUUCGUCGAUAGUUUCUUUGGCGAUUUAGAGAAUUUCCUCUGUGCACGAACACGCGUUGACUAGCAUUUUGCUCUUAUCGUGUAGCGAAUAGACACGUUUAGGAAUAGAUCGGUUAUGGGUAGUAUACGAGGGACGCACAACCUUUCCAACGUUUUUCGAUCAACGACGAUUCUUUUCGCAUUUUGUACAAUCGUUUGUCCGUCCGCGUGUUCGUUCGUUCGUUCGUUCCUUCUCGCUUCCUUGUCCUCGUUUUCCUAAUCUAGAAGGAUAGUCCAAUCACGAAGAUCUCUGAAACGAUUGUAAGUCUGAAAUCCCGUAAAGCGCCUUAUCGAUCGUCAUCGAAAGAUAUUCAAUGGCAGACGGUUUCCACGAGGUUCGAAAUUUAUUCUUCUACGGUACAAAGUGUUUGGAAGAAAAUUAGAUCCUUCCGUCUGACCAGCGUUUUGUUCUCACCUUUUACUUUGAAGCAACUACCGUCGUAAACGUGAACGAAGAUCGUUGGUUGGUCAUCGAACGAACGAUCGUACUCGCAUCGGCGAAAGACAAGGACACGCGUCCCCGGUGCGGUGAUCGAACGGACCAAGGAGCAAGGGCAGCUCGAGGGAUCGCGAAGAAACGCGCGGAAGCGCGGUAGACCGGUUCGCGAAACGGAAGAAGCCCGAAAGGAAUGCGCGAGAUCUCCAACGAGCACGAGCGAUGACAAAAAGAGACAAUAAUUAACGCAGCCUUAUUCGAUGAAAGUAUCUACAAGGUGUUACGCUGCGCGAUCCUUGAGAUCGUUUCCGAAAUCUGUCCGUCGAUCGAUCCAUGCUACCUACUCUAGUCAAUCCGAUGCUUCGUAUCCAACGACAUAUUUCUGUCCAUCAAGUUCGAACGAACGAACGGCUGGGUCGGAUCCGUCGAGGAUCGCAAGGGUCGCGCAGACGUUUUAGCGUAAAGUAUUAUGUGCGCUCCUAUCGAUGUACGUGUACACGCGUAUGCACGUAACGUAUGCGUACAAGUAGGAUAAUAUAAGAAGCUUAAAUUUUUAUGAUCGUCGAACGCGUUUGUUCGCUACCGUAGCUUCGGACGAAUAGGUGCUAGGACCGAUUUCGAUUGAAAGAUUCCAGUAACGCGGUCGAGUGCGCGAGUACGCGUUCGUCGAUCGACGAUUUCGUUGGAUGAAACCCAUCACUAGAUUCGCGUACUGUAUCGCGUACAGGAUCGAACCCAUCGCUAGACCGUUCGGAAAUUGGCGCACGAUAAUCGACGAAAAGGCUAUUAAAAGUUGUCACGAUCAAUUAGUAGAAUAUAUCUAUAUACAAAUAUAUAUACACGUUAGCUAGAUAGACCGCGAGAAAUAUCGUUCAACGCAGGGCUCGAAAGUUUCGAUCAGUACGGGAAACUUUUGUUCCCCGUAAUUGCUUCGAAAGCCCUGGUUUAACGCAACUGCGAUCAAUUGUUGGGUGCCCUUAAUACGCGUAGCUCGUACGAAUCAAAGUCAAUACGCGCGAUACGAUCGAACGUCCCCUGCGUUUCGUUGUGUCGAAAUUCGUAUACCCGUCCUUCGGACCUGCUGAUCGUCCGCCAGUUCCCGAACGUUCGGAAAUGUUUAUUCGAUAUCGGUCAAGUUUAAUCGUUGACCGUGUAACCGUAGAUUUUAUAUCGUGUACGCGCGUAUACGCCUGCGUAUUAUUCGUGUACGUCGUAAGCGUUAGAUGUAAGUAUACGUUUAGUUGGUCUUCGCGUCGUUCUUCCCGCGCAAUAUCUGCCAGUGUUCGCCAUUCUUUGGGUCAAUAAUUAGGUAUUCGUUGCGCGUUUGACUAGACACGUUUCGUUGACAUUUUUUCCCCCUUUUUUAGACCUCGCACGAUGUUCGAGCGCUUCGCGCGUUUCACCGUUAUCGCGUUCUACAGGAAUUAAACCGACGGCGAAUUUUGACUCCUUGUUCGAUCGAGUAGCGAUCCUGAUCGGAAAGCGUAGAAUCGCCUAGCAUUUUAUACCACGUACAUCAGUAGCGAUCGAGAUCGAUCGUACUUGUAAAAGUAGAAUUAGAUUAAACGAUCAACUGCAACGACUCGUCAACGAUGAACAAAAUGACGGAGAACGCUUUUACAACGAACCAUUGACCAUUGCGAGGUGAUCUCGGACAAGAUUAAUUCCUGCGGAAUCGCGAACGAGCCUCCCUCCGUUCACGUUGUUUCUCUCAUUGUUAGAAACACUUCCAGUCCUAACGCGUCAAUACGUCUAAUCAUAGUAUAUUAUUACAACGUUAUGUAAAUAAUUGUUUUACCAAUGUCCUAAGAAGAUAAAUAAAUAUAAAUAUUAAUAUUAAUACAAGUAAGUAAAUAAGCGGUCGACGAAGUAGCGAGCGAUGUACUUAAAUCAAAAGUUAAGUUGGAACAAAAUUGCCGUUCAUUUAAUCAUUUUCAAAGUCGAGAUCUCGUCGAACCGCAAAUCCGAGGAGCGGUUAUAUUGCUCGCGUUAUUUAGCUCGACGAAGCUAAACAGAGAUUAUAGAAUGCGCAAAAGUAGUUGUACAUAAUAUAUUCCGAUGUAUUGGAAAAGUUGAAACAAUAAAAAAACGUUAGCAUCGAG